AUGGUGUUCGCUCCAGGUAAGCCCGCACCUUGCUUUCCCACCAGGUGUCCAGGCGGGGAGCGGGGGCCGGGACUCGGGGACCGCCAGGGGGCCAGGCCUUUGCCCCAGGACCCAUCUGCGCGCCCCGAGAGUGCGCGACCGGCGGUCGGAGCAGCGCCCUCGCCUCUCUCCCCGAUCCUGCCCCAUCUGUCCUCUAACAACCUCCAGCCCGUCCCCGUCAUCUUCCUGCCCGGCCCUUCCACACCCCACCCCGGCGCAGGCACCUGGAGAACCGGGGAGCUUCGCCAGCAGCAGCACCGACAGCCCCGGGCGGGAGGGCGGGGAGGUGAGAAGCCUGGAAAUGAGCCCGAAGAGGCAAAACUGCAGAGUGCCAGCAAACAGAUUGUGCAGAAUGCCAUCCUGCAAGCCGUGCAGCAAGUCUCCCGGGAGAGUCAGCACAGGGAGGGCAGACCCAGCGACAGCCGGCCCCGCUGCCAGCUGGGCAGGAGGGACUUACCCAAGAAACAUGAAAAGAAGUAA